CGGCCUCGGCGAGACUGCGACGGCAAGAUGGCGGCGCCCAGGCUGCCUCCGGCCCGGCUGUCCGGCGUCAUGGUGCCCGCGCCCAUCCAGGACCUGGAGGCCCUCCGCGCGCUGACCGCGCUCUUCAAGGAGCAGCGCAAUCGAGAAACAGCACCCAGGAGCAUCUUCCAGAGAGUCCUGGGUAUCUUAAAGAAGUCUUCUCAGGAUGUUGAACUGGCCUGCAGAGACCCAUCCCAAGCGGAACAUCUGGCUUCCAGCCUGCAGUUAAUAACUGAAUGCUUCCGGUGUCUCCGAAAUGCUUGCAUUGAGUGCUCUGUGAACCAGGAUUCAAUCAGGAACUUGGAUACAAUCGGUGUUGCCGUUGAUUUGAUUCUUCUGUUUCGUGAACUGCAAACGGAGCAGGAAUCCCUGUUGACAGCUUUCCGCUGCGGCCUGCAGUUUCUGGGCAACGUUGCCUCACGGAAUGAAGAAUCCCAGUCUAUUGUUUGGGCUCAUGCCUUCCCAGAACUCUUUUUUACUUGCUUAAAUCAUCACGACAAAAAGAUUGUUGCCUACUCUUCGAUGAUUAUGUUCACAACCCUCAAUCUUGAAAGAAUGAACGAACUGCAGGAAAACCUCAAUAUUGCAAUUAGUGUCAUCGAAGCACACCAAAAGCAGCCUGAAUCAGAAUGGCCGUUCCUGGUUAUUACAGACCAUUUUCUGAAAAGCCCGGAAUUGGUAAAAGCCAUGUAUGCCAAACUGACCAAUCCAGAAAGGGUGACAUUUCUAGACCUUAUGAUAGCCAAGAUGGUGGGUGAUGACCCACUGACCAAGGAUGAUAUCCCCAUGUUCCUGAGCCACGCAGAGCUGGUUGCCAGCACUUUUGUGGAUGACUGCAGGGGUGUGCUGAAGGUGACCUCGGAGCACCAGACCGAGGAUGAGGAGGUCCUGGCAAUAAUUCGGCUUCUUGACGUCCUCUGUGAAAUGACUGCCAAUCCUGAUCUGCUCGUCUAUUUGCAGGGCUUUCCUGGCUUGCUGGAAAGAGCCAUCGAUCUUCUACGACUGGUUCACGUAGCUGGAAAAGACACUACAAACCUCUUCACUGCCACGGGUUGUAUAAAAGCAGACGCUGACAUCUCAAGUGUGGCUGAUGGGUUUAAGUCCCAUCUCAUUCGUUUGAUUGGAAAUCUGUGUUACAAGAAUAGAGAAAACCAAGACAAGGUGAAUGAGCUGGAUGGCAUUCCGUUGAUCCUGGACAACUGCAGCAUUGAUGACAGUAACCCCUUUCUGACCCAGUGGGUGGUGUAUACAAUCCGAAACCUCACAGAAGACAAUAGCCAAAACCAAGAUCUGAUUGCAAAGAUGGAGGAACAGGGGCUGGCAGACCCAUCCGUUCUUAAAAAAAUGGGCUUUGAAGUUGAAAAGCGGGGUGAAAAGCUGAUCCUGAAACCUACAGGUGAAGCACCUCAGCCGUGAAUGAACACUCCACCCAAGUAUCUGAAGUUUUGGAAUCUGUUUCAUGGAUGUUUCAUGUUCUGCAGUCUGUGAAAUUCCAGGUGUUGGAAGAUGUAUAAGUAUAAGCCCAGGAACGUGUAAUCUUCUCGAUAGUAGGGUUAGAUGCAUAUAAGCUGAAAUGUGUAAGUAGACAAAUACCCUGCCGUUUUUUUGCUUUGAAAACAUUUAGCUGUCUGGUUUACCUUUGUCUCCGUGGCUACGACGUGCAUUUAAGUAAUAGAUUGUACUUACGGUGGCAGCAAAUAAUAAAGUCUUCUCUUUGAGCACA